GGUAAACCCCAGGCGCGCUGGGCGCUGCACGCAGUCCCGCCCGGCCCUGCCCUACCCCGCGCGAUGUGAGGCGCCCGAGGGCCCCAGCGUCCCCCGGCACGCCAGCUCCGCGCAGCGCCGGCGCCAGCAUGCGCUAGGAACGUUUUGUAUGACUGAAAGUGAGAAAGGCACUCAGCUCAUCUCUGCAUCUCUGUCCCUCAGCCCAGUGCCGGCACAAAUCUUUCUGCAGAGCCCGAGCUCCAGGACAUGAUGGCAGCCAAGCAGCCCCCACCUCUCAUGAAGAAGCACAGCCAGACGGACCUCGUGAGCCGCCUGAAGACCCGCAAGAUCCUCGGUGUGGGUGGGGAGGACGAUGAUGGUGAGGUGCACCGCUCCAAGAUCAGCCAGGUCUUGGGCAAUGAAAUCAAGUUUGCUGUUCGGGAGCCUUUGGGGCUGAGGGUCUGGCAGUUUGUUUCUGCUGUGCUCUUCUCCGGCAUUGCCGUCAUGGCCCUCGCCUUCCCUGACCAGCUCUAUGAUGCAGUCUUUGAUGGAGCCCAGGUGACCAGCAAGACCCCCAUCCGUCUCUAUGGUGGUGCCCUCCUCAGCAUCUCCCUGAUCAUGUGGAACGCCCUGUACACGGCUGAGAAGGUUAUCAUUCGAUGGACUCUGCUCAGUGAAGCUUGUUACUUCGGGGUCCAGUUCUUGGUGGUCGCCGCCACGCUAGCUGAGACGGGCCUCGUGUCCCUGGGGACCCUGCUGCUUCUGGCCAGCCGCCUCCUUUUUGUUUUCAUCAGUGUUUACUACUAUUACCAAGUUGGCCGAAAACCCAAGAAAGUCUAGCCACUCCCUGGGCUAGUGGCCCCUCUGGGGCAGGGAGGCCCUGGGGCCUCAGUUUCCCUUUGGUUCCUGGGAGGUAGGAAGGACCCUGCCCUGCCUCAGCCCUUCCCCCAGCAGGCCGGGGUUGUGGGGGGCUGCCUGCCUUUCCUCCAGGCACUCCCCACAUGCUGUGAUCUUCUGGUUUUCAGGUUUGGGGUGGGAGGGGGCCUCUGCACCCAUCCUUGGCCCCACACGGCAACACCUCCUUUUCUUGGGUCACUUGGCCUCCAGAUCCCCUGGUCAGAUGCUGACUGGAGAGCUUGAGUCAUGUGGGUAUUGGGCAAAGUCGACGCUCCUGCUGCCCCUUCUGCCAGGAGGCCUUUCUUUCGAGGGAGGCUGCAGAUGCCUCCCUGUCUUCCCUACAGCCCAGUCAAUCUGGUGUCCAAGCAGCUGAAUUUGGCUACUCUGUAUGCCUGGAAAACCUGAGAACUUGACCCUGCGCCACUACCCCUGACUGAGCCCUCCCCAAACUUGGGAGCCCCCUCCAGCCCUUAAGCACACACACCUACCCUUCCCACAGCCCAGCUGUGGACUGCCGGGUGGGGUGGCUGUCUUUAGGCUGGCACUUCCCCUUCAGCCUUUCUGUGAGGCAGACUACAUGCAGCCAGGGCUCUGUCCCCAGCCCCAAGCCUGGCUACUACAGUCUCAUCUGUGGUUUUGUUCUGAGCUGCUCUGCCUCCCCGAGCUCCUGGAGACCCCUAGGAGCCCCUUUCCCCCAACUGGCCUGCGUCCAGAGGCUUCUUGUGGCCUCGCUCACAGGCCAGCCCUGACAGAUGGUCGCAGAGGCAACCCACAUGGAGGCCACCUGUGUAAGCAGUGGGGCGUGGGGGUGAGGGAGAAAAAAAGGCUGUGCUGUUCCCUUGUUACUUGGUGCAUCCUGCAGGGCCUGCUGUGCGUGUGGCUCAGUCCUCCCGUCCACCCCAUUCCCCUGCCCAAGGACCCUGCCCUCUGGACCUCUGGCUUGGGAGGCCCCCAAGGCCUGACUGAGUAGGACUAAGUGCCCUUCAAACUCAUUGCGGGAAAUAAACAGAAAUACUUCAGCAAGA